AUGAAAUUACUUUUUCUUGCUGUUCUCGAUCCCAAAUCAGGAAAUCACACAACAGCAGAGCGAAUAAGUACGUAUUCGUUAUUUUUCAUGUCCUACAUUGAGUCAGCAGGACACACAUGUGAGCUCAGACAUGCGCAGGAAUUUGAGUCUUCUUCUGACAUGGCAAACCUGCUAUCACAAAAUCCUCAAUUUGAGGGUGUGCUGGCCAUUCAUCUACACAAAGCAGGCAGACUUCUGCUAGACAUCCAAGUACCUUUUGGCAUUAUCUUUGGUGGAACAGACAUCAAUGAAGAUGUGAAGGUUGAGACGAGACGUGUGGUUAUGGAAAAAGUUCUGCAUAAAGCACGGUUUGCAGUUGCAUUUACAGACAAACUGAAAAGAGAUGCAGAGCUAUAUUUGCAUUCCCAGAGCAGCAAAAUCUCUGUCCAGCCUCAAGGUAUUUCGACGCAAGUGUCAGAGGAUUUCAGCUGGGCUGAAUUCUUACGGCAAUCAGGUGUAAGUGGUGGCCAUGUGGAACGGCUUCAUGUCUUCCUGCUGAUCUGUGGCCUUAGAAGAGUCAAGGACCCACUUUUUUUAGUGGAGAGUUUUUCAGAGUGGCAUAGUGAGAAUCCUCAGAAUGUGCUUGUUAUAAUUGGUCCAAGGAUCGAUCCUGUGCUUACUGAUGAAGUCGAAGCUGUUGUGAAGAGAACAGCAGGGGUCUUCUUAGCCCGGGAAAUGAGCCAGCCGGAGCUCCACGCUGCUAUGAAAAGGUGUUUUGCAUUGGUCAACAGUUCCGUUUCAGAGGGCAUGUCGGCAGCCAUCUUGGAGGCAAUGGAUCUGGGACUACCUGUGGUGGCCAGAGACAUACCAGGAAAUAAAGCUGUAGUACAACAUGAGGUCAAUGGUCUGCUAUACUCUUCCCCUGAGGAAUUUGUACAUCAGUCUCAGAGGCUGUUGUCAGAUCAUGAGCUAAGAGAGAGAGUGAUACGGGAUGCUAAAGUCUACGUGGUGAAGCAUCACAGCCUAAAACAAGAGAGAGAAACGUACCAGAGGUUGGUGGACACGCUGCACUAA